AUUGUCUUUAUUAUGAUUUUGAAAAAAGGCUUAUUGUUGUUAUUAUCUAUGGCUGCUGUAAAAGCACAAGUCAUUGAUGAUUGUGCUCCUCGCAAUGGUUCAUCUACCAAUACGACUCAUAAUUCAGAUGCUACUACUAUGUGUCCGGUUUUAGACCCUCCAUCCGAUCAAACGAAUUCUACCAAUUCUACUAAUGAACCUACCUUAUUGUCGAUCUUGAAUUCUACAAACAGUCCAGUCCCUCACUUCAUGACACUGUUGAACUCAUCAUCGGAAUUCCAACCUGUGAUUGAUCUUUUGUCUAGCCCUGGAAAUCAUACUUUGUUCAUUCCAUGUGAUGAAGCUCUUGCAGUAUUGCAUCCAUCAUUCAAUCAGACUGGAAAUAACACUCAAGGUGGUAAUCAGACAUCCUCAAUGAACAAUACUCAUGUUACACAUAAAAUGGUAGUUAAUCCUUUGUUCGCCAACUUGCUCUCAUCAUUUAAUUUACAAAAGGAUGAAUCAAAUGCCGCCUCGAAUAAAACUAAAAAUAAUGCAACAUCAUCAUCAGUGAUCAGUCAAGGCGUAGGAAACUUUUCACUAGUGGAUGUGAUAAAGUAUCACAUAUUGAAUGGUUCUUGGCCUACCGAUGCUAUAUCGAAUGGAACGCAUAUCAAUGAUACAUUAAUGUCCAAUCACACUGCCUAUCCUCUUGCAACCUAUGUACCAGUAGUCAUCAUCAAUAAUAACACCAAUGGUAAUGCCAGUUAUGGUGGUACACCUAAUACUACUGUUACUGCCACAAAUACUACGAUUGGGAACAAUGCAACAAAUAGUAAUAUUACAAUUGGAAAUGGAAUUGGAUAUGCUUCUUUUAUUGUGGCUGAUAUAAUGGCUAACAAUGGUAUCAUCCAUAUUAUUGACAAAGUUUUGGUUCCCCCUGUCUCUACUGUGAAUACUAUUCAUCAACUUAAUGAAUCCAAAGUUGAUGCUCUCUUGAACAAGUCUUCCAACUUGACUAACAUAUUGAAUUCAGUCAACAAUGUCACUAUUUUCCUUCCUUCGGAUGCUGCUUUGAAUGCCAUGUCAAAGAACAAGACUCAUGAGAAUGAAUCUAUGGAGGAAAAUCCUAGUACUACCAACUUGGAAAACUUGGCAAAAUCAUAUAUUGUGAACGGAACAUAUACAACUACUAAGGUUAAUUCAACUAUGAAUGUGACAACUCUAGGUGGUGACACCAUUGAACUUCAACCUACUGGUAACCUCACGGCUUUCAAAGUUGACAAUGCUACCAUUACUAGAUCCAAUAUUCUUACAAAUAGUGGUGUCAUUCAUAUUAUCGAUCAAGUAUUGCCACAAAAUGCCACCUCUUCACCUUCGCCCUCUUCACCAUCGUCUACUGGAGGUACAAAACCAACAAAUCAAACAUCUGGCAGUGUUUCCUUGACCUGGCGAUCAUCAUCCGUGAUGACCAUCUUCUUGAUUUAUUUGACUCACUUGUGUAUCUAGUAGUUUAGUAUAGUUUUAUAGCCUAGUUGUGAUUAGUUCUAUUCGAUCAACAAAAAAAAAAAUAAUGUGGUCAGAUUAAUAAAAAAUCAUGUUAGGAACUAUAUAUAAG